CGCGAGAAAGAUCAAUGUUAAUUAUCUUGGCUGGAGAAGGUUUGGGAUAAGUAGCGUUAAUGCAACAGAUGGAUCCUACAACAAGAUGGCGCCAAAGUUAAAGGACGUACAAGAAGAGCUUGCUCGGGAGAAGGCGAAGCAUGCUGAGACCCAGAAAAAGCUGGAUAAUGGUAAGUAAUGUGUUCGUCUUUAUGGCCUGAUGCGUAGAAGUAAAUGCUUUUGAAAUUAUGUACUACAUGCUGGCUGAAACGGUUAUUUUUUUUCAUCAGCAGCAGUCGUUGUCCUCUGUAUCGUUGCCUCAUGUUCUUGCAACACGGUUCGCCUAUCGAGACUGACCCGAACAAAAAUGCUGUCUUCGAAGCACCUCACACUCAAAUUCCAUUCACAACUUCUUAAUCCGCAUGCCACGACUAUCAGAAAGAAAAGAGCACGACGCCACGCGAACCGUGUUGCAAGAACAUGAGGCUACGAUACAGAGGACAACGACCACAAAUGCCAAUGACACAGCGGCUGAGAAGGAGCGUUGGGAUGCUGAACGAUUGGAGUUACAGCAGAAGGUAGUGCUAUGUCGUUGAGUGCCCUACUAUUCGAAAACUCAAAAUAACCGAGUUACUGACUGAAAUAAGGGAGGUAGCUAAACGUCAAGGCUACCUUUCCUUCUCAUCAGUAUCUCGGUUAUUCUGAUCAGUUACUCGCUUAUUUCAGUUUUUCGAGUAGUCUUUGUGGUACUGAUCUCACGCUUAACACGGUAUUAUCUGGUUGAGUACCUGAGUCCAUCAAUGUGAACGGAAAAAGACAAAUCUUCUCCAAGAUUGAGUCCUAUGACAAAUUCCUUCUCACAUCAUUCAGCUCUUGGAGCAAAAGGACGAGGCAGCAGCGGAGUUGGCACGCCAAUUAGAGGAGCUCAGAGACAGCAAAAAUGCGGAGAUGCGAGAAGUGGAAGGUCGCCUAAGGGAAGCACUAGACGCGUUGGCCACUGCUGUUAUGAUUGUGAUGUAGUUGACAGAAACUAUAUCUGAUACUGCAAGAGUCUGAAAUCUCUAGAACAACUAUAUCUCUAGAACAACAUGGUCCUAGGUUCCUAUGCUUAUACUAGGAAUGACACAACAACUUGAACUCAUACGUGGUAGCUCAGAUAGAAGAAGUUUCAAUAGUUUCCAAUUCGAUCUAAUCUGAGUAGCAAACUUAUCGAGAGCCAGACCGAGAUGGCAGCAAUGACCCAAAACAUUGAGGCGGAAGUUGCUGAUCAGCUAGCGACCUUACAGCCUUUAUUUGAUCAGCAUGCGAGUCUGUGCAGCGCGACGAGUAUUGCUAUCUUUGCUAUCACAGAUUUAUUCGAUCCUGUCCUCCCUCUCCCAUCCUUGCUUCCUUGUCCUGCCCUAUCCAGCAAUCUAUAUUCAAAACUUGUUGCUUGCUUGCCAUAUUUAUGGGCAUAGUUUGAAGAUGUUAUCGUGAAUCACAAUUACCACUCAGGUGGCAGUCCACGGGGCCAUGCAGGAGAUGUUGCAACAAGCGACGAGGCAAACCCUGAGGACGAUAAGACCUUUAGAGAAGACGACGCAAGAACACAGAUUAUAGUUAAGGUGUUCGUGUUUGGAACUUGCUUUAGCUUUUGCUUGGCGUUGAGUCUCGGCUCCGACUAACUACACUCACAUCUUCUUUUACUGCAAGAAUUUCGAUUUCCGCCAAAUCAAACAAUUUCUCUUCUAAGCAAAACGCAGACACCUCCUCUGUCAACGAAGCCUCCUGCACCAAAGGAUUGCUAGAAGACCUGAAGGAGAUAGGUCGGAUGACCACGAUGGUGACUCAGCAAAUGCACACAAGUUUAGAAAGGGAGUCGAGAAAUCACGACAAGACGAAAGCUUUUUUGAAAACGCAACUGGCGAAACUACAGGAGAACGAAGCCAUGGAAAGGAAACCGAUUGAACUGUUGCACAAAGGUACUUCUGAAGAUUGAGGUGUUGUCAAGAGGUACUACUUCUGAUGAUUGAGGUGUUGUAAAGAGGUACUACUUCUGAAGAUUGAGGUGUUGUAAAGAGGUACUACUUCUGAAGAUUGAGGUGUUGUAAAGAGGUACUACUUCUGAUGAUUGAGGUGUUACAUAAAGGUACUGUUGAGCUCUUCUAUGAUUGGCUCCGCAGUGGUGGUGCUAGUCUCAGAAUUCGACCCUUAACACACCAUAAUGUUUUGCCUCGUCUAGAAUAGCACAUUGAUUAAUACAACACUCAUAAGAUACAGAUAGUAUGUUGUUUUCCUUCCCCCAAGCAGGCGCCCUUCCAACCAAAAAACAGGUGCUCUGACAGCACGACCACGAUACACCCACGAAUUCGAUGAGAUGGAAUUUCAGUUGAAGAUGAGUCGACUCAAAGAAGAAUCUGCCCAAUUACAGAGGAGCACUGAGGCAUGUUAAGGCUAGUUUAUAGUAAGGCACAUUCAUCUGUCCCUUGAUGUACUCUGUUCCAAGGGCUAGCUUUUCACUAUUCCAUGUGGACUAUGCUGAGUGGGUUCGUUGUUCCCCUUAGAAGAUAUUAUGGGGAAAAUAACUUGUAACUCACUCGCCCAGGAAUCGUGAGAGGCUACCUGUAAGCAUGGCGGUCUCCGUUUGUUGGCAAUUUGAAUGGCACGAAUUAUACUUCUGAGUCGGGUAUGAGUGGAGGCGCGAUGAACUUUAGAGGUCCUCCAGGAGGUAAUGACAUGGGUCUUCAAAGUUUUUCGUACCAGGAAUCUUUUGCCACUCCCAGACAAAACGAUGAUUACCAUCAAAAUGAAUCACAAGCACAAGGAUGGGAACAACAAGAGAACAACAAUCGCACUAGGACAACAGCUUCUGCUUCCGGUAUUUACAACAACUAUGCAACAAGAGGACCUUCGUCGAAUAAUAACGUUGCGCCAGUUUCGAGAGCAACAGUUCCUGCUUCCCUUUCGUCGAGCCAGAGGUAUUAUCCGGACGACUACAGCAUCAGUGUCGCUAACGAUGAACCGACACCAAGAGGGGCUAAGGGAGGACGCAGUGCUAGCAGCGUUGUCAGUUUUGGUGGCGCUGAGAGCUUCACAGUAGGAGUCAAUGACUACAGUGUCGACAACUACUCUACUGUGCGCGGACCUAGUAGUGCAGCCUCUCGUACAUCUCCCAGCGCUUUUUCGCACAAGGGAGGAGGAGCUCCUGCUGUAGACCUGACAAAUACAACUGCAACGACUGACAGUACUCGUUAUAGUGGUAAGCGCGGAACAAUAAAGGAUCCUAACGAUACAGGAAAUAGAUCCUUAGUUGAAGUAGAUCCUAACUACAGAGCAAAAAGUGGCGUCUCAGGCAAGGGCUCAGCGGGUGUAUCAUCUGUCGGCUCUAAAGGUAAGGGCGAUAAGGAGAAACCCCUUAGUAGUAAAGCAGGUAUAGUUCUUGACAAGGCAUCUUCUAGCACAACUACAAAGCAGGGAAAAGUCAAAUCCAAGGGUGGACGCCAUACGGUUGCUACGACAGCUUCACCAUCUGGUACAGGUAGUAAGGGAGCAGGCAAAACGUCGACGAAGGGCAAUAAGGGCCAACUACCACCAGUAGUAAAGCAUGCGACUGCACCUAGUGGGGUCCCUCGAGAGCCGUCGCUAUUAGUAACUGCUGACUCAACAGGCGUGAGACCGCCUCCAACGCUGUUGCAAGGUUAG